AUGCUUCUCCUCUUAUUACUUUCGCUGUCUCUCUUGCUCGGCUCGCUAGCCCAACCGGCGACUCUCCAGUACUCCGAUUGCUCCUCAGAUAGCAGCACCAGCCAGAAGCUCUCCAUCUCAAAUGUGUACGCACAGUACAUCUCCGACCCAUCCGGGAAGGCGCACAUAAACAUUACGCUAUUUGGGACCACUCCUGAGCAGAUACUGGAGGCUUCAAAUGGAAGCGAUCCUGUCGCCACGACACUAUUUACCACGACGUCUAUCCUCACGUUUGACGUAUGGAAUAACAAUUCAUACUUUUGCUCGACAUUAAGGCCCCCGUCGCCACUUCCCAAUACGAGCAACUACUGCCCUUUCAGUCCCGGACCCUUCGCGCUCUCGAGUUCAAUACUACUCAGCAAGUCCUACGCGUUGGCUACGCUCGAUACCCGCCUCCGUGCCCUCGACCCGUUCCAAAAUGAGCUACUUUGCUUGGAUGUCAACACCACGGUACUUCAACCAAACUCGUUAGAUCCAGUGUAUGGUGACGCGCAAAUUGUGUUCUGGUGCACUGUAGGUUUAGCGAUUGCAUACUGGCUUCUUGUCGGCCUUGCGCGGCUGGCAUCUGCGUGGGGACGAGGGUCCACGAGGAACGGCCGCGGCCUUUGGGCCCGAGUAGAAAGCGCAGGGUUCAUUCUGGCGAGCGCAAUUAGCGGUGAACGGCUCGCUACAUCACCUGCGCUUAUGAGAUUUUGCACGCCAUCUUUACGAGAUAUAAUCUUUCACACGCAGUGGUGUGCAGCCUUGGCUAUGGUUGCCGUUCAGUGGCCGGCUUCUAUUUAUCCCAUUCUCUCACAAACAGCAUGGUCGAUGCUGAGCUACAAUGUUACCGUCACUCAGGGGUCGAAUACCGCUCGCUGGGAUCCUUUGGCUGUGCCUGCUUUCGAAUCGCCAAGCAGCUUUACUGAUCAGGUUAACGACCCCAGUUCUCCCAUCUACAUCAACACUUCCGCACCAAACUUUCUCUUCCAACUGCCUGAGAAUGCGUCUUUCGGCAUCGAGUCCUUUGCAUAUUCCGUUGGGCUUCGUCCAGAGGACUUGUUUGGCGUCUGCCUUGCUAUCUUUCUUGCUAUCAUGGCGGCAACCAUCGUGCUAAGCGUGGCUGUAUGGGGUCUUGACUGGAUAGGCUCACGCACCAUGGGCGGUAUCAACCGUGCUACCCCUCCUCUCACGGGCAGCCGGAGCCCGCGAUACUCCUCCACUAGCAAGGACAUGUUGGACGGAAUCACACAACUCCAGAGCUCGGAAGAAAACCGAUCCUCGAGUGGACAUGGGCUUUUCCGAGGAACAUCACGCUUUCCCUACGGGCGUCGGUGGUGGCGUUUCCGCUCGGGUUUCGUCUCUUUCCAUGGCAGCGUCCUCCAAGGGAACCUCAUUCGUAUCCUCAUACUGUUUCAUCUCCCAGUUACGAUCUUUUCUUCGUACCAGAUGACACUCGACCGAUCUCGGGCCCCUCUCGCGUCAAUAAUUCUCGCCGCGAUCUCCUUCAGCGCCUUGUCGGUCCUUUUACCCAUUGCGCUGAUCGUCCGUCUUACGUUCACGAAUACGACCAAACUUUACGAUGAAACAUGGACUUUGCUUUCUCUUGGACCAUUGUAUAAUCACUACAGGCACGGAUCGCAACUCUUCGCCUGUCUUCUCUUUGCCACAAACCUCUCCUUCGGACUAACGAUCGGAUGCGGGCAGAACAGCGGUACGGCCCAAGCCAUCGUCAUUCUUGUCGUCGAAGUCAUUUCCGCCUUGGGCACCAGUGUAUGGCUCCCGUGGGCCCAUGGAGCUAGCAUGGGGCUCAUCAGCUUCCUGUUCUGCGUCGCCCGGAUAGUCAUAGCUGUGCUACUUGUCAUUCUCACCCCAAUAGUCUCUGUGGACUCCGGAGCCGCCCAGUGGGUGGCCUAUGCCAUCCUGUUUAUCCUCGGACUUAUCUAUCUAGCAUUUACCUUGAUGCUGAUAGUAAAGCUCAUAGAAGCCGUUGUUCGUAUCUUUGGUGGUAUUGGGUUCCACGAAUCAAAGCAUGUCGUUGACAGCGGACUUUUGGGCGUUCUCGGGCUGGUAGGCUGUGGUAGUUCCGGGCGGCGCCAUCGACGUUCCCGUUAUCGCCAGGAACCGCAGCCUGCGACAUUGCCUCUGAAACGGCCGAGCCCGCCUUUCAAGGACGUGACGCCGACCCCAUCAGGGCCUCCGUCCGUACUUCGACCAGAACAUGCGCUGCAGCCGUAUAAGGAGGAGAGCGAUGACGAGACCGGCUUCAUCAUGGGUGCCUGGCAACCUUUCCCUCGACCAGGAUACAAUGCGGUGGAAGAACAGCCUGCGCUCGAACCUCCGAAGUCUGGUUUCGCCAGAGUAGGAGGUGGCAGGGCCCACUACGAUUCGCCGUAUGCCAUCGCGUCGAGUUCCCUUCGCGGCUCCAACCAGACCUUCCGAUCGUCCGAGCGGAACGUAGGAUCGAGCCAACUGCAGGCCCCAUCGCAUGACUACUCACCGCCGCCGACACCAUCCAUCUCAAGCGUAGCUAAGCAAGCCGACGUUAGCCUUCCACCGGGCGCCAAGCCUCCCGAGCAUGUCCGCACGAAGUCGCAGACCGCUCUGAUCGAGGAUGCAUCUACGCUAGUCAAUGCAUCCGAAAUACAUCCAUCCCAAGGCGUUAUAGGGCAAGUGGAAGACGAGAAUAGCGAGGCGGCACAGCCCAAGAAGAAGUGGUUCGGCCUCCUCAGGAACCGGCGAGCAAGUGAGGUGGAGCCUGAGCCUGACGUGUUACCCAGCGGACCAGAGGCUGGACGGUCCUUUGUCGUCGUGCGCAAGUCGCGACCAGGUACAUCCUCGAACAACGCGGGCGGUUCGUCAGCGGAGACACCAAAGCCACGUUCUUUCACGGUGAUACGAGGCAACAACGCACAGUCAUGA